AGGGUAAAACGAAAUUUGAACCCUAUGUUCGACGUUCUCUCUUCGAUCGGGAAUCUGAGGAUUGAUCGGCGGCGCGUGUAAUUUUCUUCUGGCGCGUUUUUGGGGAAGCGGCGCGUGUAAUCGAGGGUACUGCUGAUUCAUGUUUCGUACAACCUGCAUUGGGGAAUUGAUGCCGGAGAAACGCCGGAAUCGUGAAGGAUUACCGUGAUUUUUGCUCGUCCAUGGCAUCCGCCGUCCUAGCCAACCGGAACGAACCCAAUUGGCCGCAGCACAAAGGCGGUGGAGCCGGACUCAUGGGAAAAGUACCAUUCUCUAACCCUAACCCUAAGCAUAAAAUCGGGAACAAGAAGACCCAAUCGGCGUCAGAUGAUGCUUCUUCUAUCAAUUGGCGUUCGAACGAUUCCAAUCAUUCCCAAUUCGUGACCUUCAAUAUCGCCUCGUCUACGAAGAAGGAGCUCAGCGAGCUCAAGAACCGUCUAAUCUCGGAGCUCGAACAGAUUCGGCAACUGAAAAGUCGCAUCGAGUCCGGCGAAUUUCAACCUAGACCUACCUUCAAUGGGCCGUCGAAGAAAUCGGCAAGCAAGAAGAUGUCUGGUAACAAGCGACCCUUGCCGUUGAAUCCCGGUAAGGAUUUGAAACGGUCUCAUUCGGAUAUUGGAAAUUUGAUCAGGGCUUGUGGGCAGGUUUUGCAAAAGCUGAUGAAACACAAGCACGGGUGGAUUUUCAAUGUUCCGGUCGAUGUUGUGGGUAUGGGUCUUCACGAUUACUAUGAUAUAAUUAAGCGGCCGAUGGAUCUAGGCACUGUGAAGUCCAAUCUUGCGAAGAAUGCGUAUGAGACGCCAGCGGAUUUUGCAUCUGAUGUGCGAUUGACUUUCAACAACGCAUUGACUUAUAAUCCUAAGGGUCAUGAUGUGUACGUCAUGGCGGAACAGCUUCUGGCAAGGUUUGAGGAACUGUACCGGCCUCUGCACGAGAAGUUUGAAGAUUUUCUUCGAGAAGAUCAUAUCUUUGAUGAAGAAUUGCCAGCAAGCUCGUGGAAUCAAGUCGAGCCAGAAAGGGUAAAGAAGAAGGAGAAUAUGAUUCCUCCAGUAAACCAGCCAGACCCCGUGCCGGCACCUGCAAGUUCUUCAAACCCACCAUUGCUGCAGUCUCCGGUGCGUACUCCAUCUCCAAUGCGGGCACCUCCGGUGAAGCCUUUGAAGCAACCGAAGCCAAAGGCAAAGGACCCAAAUAAGAGGGACAUGAGUCUUGAGGAGAAGCACAAGUUGGGGAUUGGGUUGCAGAGUUUGCCACCAGAGAAAAUGGAGCAAGUGGUUCAAAUUAUAAGGAAAAGGAAUGGACAUUUGAAGCAGGAUGGGGAUGAGAUCGAGCUUGAUAUUGAGGCUGUUGACACCGAGAUUUGGGAACUUGACAGAUUAGUUACUAAUUGGAAAAAAGUGAGCAAGAUUAAGCGACAGGCACUCAUGGCCAACAAUAAUACAGCGUCAAGCAAAGGCAAUGGGGAUUUGCCUUCGAGUGAAAAGGUCGAUUCUGCGCCAGCGGAGAUCAAGAAGCUAAAGAAAAUGGAAGCUGGAGACGAGGAUGUGGACAUUGGAGAUGAGAUGCCCAUGAGUAUUUUCCCCCCAGUGGAGAUUGAGAAAGAUAAAGAUGUCAUUGGAGGUCACGCAGCUAGUAGUUCUAGUAGCUCCAGCAGUUCGAGUAGUGAUUCCUCUUCAUCAAGCGAUUCUGAUUCAGGGAGUUCUUCCGGGAGUGAUUCUGAAGCAGACAACGGCCACUUGUAGCAGCAGGGCUCUUAAGACAAAUGAUGAUCAAGAUGAGAUGAAUGUGGGUUGGCGGAUGAAGGAUGGUUUCCCUCCAUUGGCUUUCCUUGAUGCUGGUAUCGUAACGGGCUGAUGCAAUAUGAAAUGCACUCUUGAUUUUCAGGGGCUUUGGGUAUUGUUUGAAGAUUUCUAUUUGGUAGUUGCUGAUUGGAUUGUCUUGCUGAGUUCCUGCUGAGGGGUUGUGGUUUGACCUAAGUGUAAAAAUUGGCGCCGGGAAACAGGAUAGUUGGAGGAGAUAAAAACAACCAAUGUGUAGAUCAGAAAAAGUAGAAUGAUAAGUGGUGAAAAUUAGGAUAGUUGCUUCAGAACCUAGGAAUAGAAUGAACAGAAUUGGUGCCUUUUGAGUUACUUGUACACAUUACCUACGGUGAAUAGAUGGUGGAUCAUCUUUACUGGGGAAGAUCCUUUUUGCGGAUCUGCAAAAUCAGAGUUGUUGGUAUCAAUUAAUUAAUUGGAUAUAAGGGUUUAAUUUUCCA